AUGCAAUAACAAAAAAACAAAAAAAAGAAAUUCUAAAAGCACCAAAGAUCUGGACAACAACAAGCCCAAUCAGAUUUUCUCUACAGCGGCUUCCUAAUUACCUGCGAUAAAAAUCGAGAGAGAGAAGCAGUCAAAGAAGGCUAUUAAAUCAUUGAACAAUAUGUCGAAUAAAUCUAUCCUCAGGAAUCACAAAAACAUGAAAAAUUGCUUGAGCAGAACACAAAUACUAAGGGCGUUGUCAAGAUGCUUUAUAAUUUUGACACUAAGGUGAAGUGCGUCAUCUUCAUCAGAAUCAAUACUCAAGAAUUCCCCACCAUUGAUGUCGAUGAAUUGAGUCGAAUAAUCUUAAGCGAUGUCUAUGACAAGUCCCAACAAGUGGCCAGAUACAUCUACAGAAUGAUACCCAUUUAAUAUGUAUUCAGAGCCACUUUGGAAGAAUUUAAAAAGCAUGCCGAAUUCCUCGUGAAUAAACACUUCCAAUUAGAUAGACCACACCCGUGGUUUUUGAUAUUUAAGACUAGAUACACAGAUAAAAUUAAUAAAUAAUAGGUGCUAUCGAUUUUACAAGGGUUGAUUGAACCUCUGCAUUAUUAGGAUUGGUAAGAGCCUGAAUUUGUUUUCUUUGUAGAAGUGAAUGGAGCCAUCAUGUAUAUCAACAUCCUGCCAAAAUAUCACGUAUUUAGAGAAUACUCAAUUCGAAAGGGAGGAUAACCUGUCUUGGAUACUGAUAUUCCUGAGAGAAAAAAUAAUUUUGUAGACAAAGUAGUGAAGAAGGUAAGAUGUCAGAAUGAGCAAGAAGUGAAGAAUGCCAUUAGCAUUUAAGAUCCAAAUUCAGACUUCUAGAAAAAGGAAUUCUUUGAAGAAUAGGAUGUAGAUCUAUUGUGA